UUAUCGCAUUGUCAAAAACAACAAAGAUGGCGGACGAAAUGGAAGUUGACAGAGAAGCGAAUCAAAAAACGGACAAGAUGUUUACUCUUAAGAAAUGGAAUCUCGUUGCUAUGUGGAGCUGGGAUGUAGAAUGUGAUACCUGCGCUAUCUGUAGAGUUCAAGUGAUGGAUGCAUGUCUACGAUGUCAAUCAGAAAACAAGCAAGAUGACUGUGUUGUGGUUUGGGGUGAAUGCAACCAUUCAUUCCACAAUUGUUGUAUGACGCUCUGGACGAAACAGAACAACAGAUGUCCACUGUGCCAACAGGACUGGGUUGUGCAAAGAAUAGGAAAAUAGUGAUCCAAAUUUGAAUCCACUGAAUUUACCUCUUUUAAUUUCACCACAAACAGUAUAAACUCUUCAGUGCCUCUACAGGAUGGAUUUCAAUUCUUUGAAAUGAACAAAAAAUUCCCACCAGCUCUCUGUUUAUCACAAACACAUUUCAUGUGCAAAUGCUUGUUAGUACAUGAAUUUCAAUUUAAUUUGAAGAUGAUAAGUGUCCUUCAUUUACCAUGUAAUCCUGUGGUAAAACACAUUGUAUCAGAUAGUACACGUAUCUUGGAAAGACACUUGAUAAAAAAGUCAUACAGUUAAUUGGAAAUGUAGGAUAGUUUUGACUUUUUGAUAUAAUUAUUUCUUUUGUCAUUAUGCAAUAAGCGUCAAUUUUAAUUUUUUAAAGAGAAUAAUACAUUUAUGUCUUGUAUUUUUCAUGUUAAUGUACAUUUGAACCAGUGUUUCAUUAUUGGACAUUAUAUAUAUGCACCACUCUUAGUUUAUUUAUUACUUGUAAAAAAUUGUCUUUUUUGAAAAUAAUUUUGAUUUGGUCUUCUAGAUUGAGACAGUCUGUUUUAAUUUUUAGAUUUAAUUUAAGUUCACAAAAGCAUUUGUAUGAAACUUUGUUUAAACAAUUCCUUGUAUUUGCUUUGUUCGUAUUGUUGUUUAUUGUAUUAGUUUGUUGAAAUCAUGUUCAUAAGUCGUAGGGAAAUGCUUGCAUAAAAAUGUGUUUGGGUUAAAAGUCAUAGCGAUAAUCAAUGAUAUUUAUUUAAAAAAUUCAAUUUUCAGUCACAAAAAUGUAAGCUGUAUAUUUAACUUAUUCCUUGUAUGUGUUAUAAACCAAAUGCCCCCAGAGUUGGCUUUAAAAUUAAAUGUAACUAAAAAUCAGUAUAUGAUAUGGAAAUAAUAAAGAAUUCAUAUUUU